AUGAGCCCCUUCACACCUUCUUUUGUGAGCUGUCGUCCUGUUUCACCCUACGGCUUCCAGCCCAUCUCCGGAGACCCGCAGCAAGACCAGCGCGUAAUGACCCCGCUUCAAUUCUCGCCAACACCGAUGUCGCCGUACGGAAAAAUAUCUCCCAGUCCUUCCGUAAUGACGGAGGAAACAUCUUCCCUCACAUUUGAAAGCAACAGCCGCUACAGCCCUGCAACUUUUCGCUCUAAUACACCAUCGUCGUUUCGAUCAGUUACACCCCAGUCGGACCAGUUCAUAGACAGUAGAGGCCAACGUGUCACCACACCACGCCCCAAAACUCCAAACGGCCGCAAGUCACCCUUUGCCAAAAAAGAAGAAGACGAUGCGGUCCGAAAAACUCGUAUUAAAACUGAGCUUUGCAUACAUUACGCGAAUGGUAGACCGUGUCCUUUCGGAGCAAGUUGCACCUAUGCACACGGUGAAGAGGAGCUUCAGUUGACUAAACUUCUGGAUUUACACGAAGCUGGUCUGAUUGAUGUCGGGAUCUUUCGUACAAAACCAUGCUUGACUUGGGUUGCAACAGGAUCGUGCCCGUUUGGAAAACGAUGCACCGCCAUACACGAUCCUCGAGUGGGCGGAUCCCAUUCAUCUUGGUUGCCUCAUACCGAGACACAAGGCAACACAAUGGCUACAGACAUCAAUGUGGAGGCUCUUCACCAGAAGCGUCAACAUUCGAUUUUGUAUGGAACCCCGUUUGGGAGUCAUUUUUCGCUGGAAAAUGAUUCUUGGAGUGACCUGUACAAGCUCGUAUGUCAUAUCAACUAUGCCAAAAAGGGAUGGAUUGACAAGCGUCGUCGUAUGACUGUUGAUCCAGUAACCAAGUUAGAAGUUGCUCUUCUUAUGCGAGGCGAAGCCAACUGGAGUUUCAAGUUUCGACCACAACACAUCAUUCACGACGAACUUUGCAUGGUUCUUCAGGAACGUGCCUUUCGAAUAGACAGUCAACUACUACCUGUGGAAAUUCCGCAGCACUCAUAUACCGCUAGCAAUCAAAGCCACAUAUUUGUACGAGAGAUCGCCUUCGGACCCGAUGAAGAUCCGACCGUACGAACGGUUGGUCUUUGGUUCAAUAUUGAUGAGCGAGAUGUCCUAGUGUGUACGUCUCAGCAAGCUAAGCGAUUCCGUUGGAAGCGGGGCGUCAAUAUAAAGGACGACACUCAACAAACAGGGAAAUCUUCCGCAUUCGAGACCCUGGAUCACUUCCCUAUGAUUCGCCCCCAUGACAGGGAAACAUUCGGCUUUACCACAAGUCUCUUAAAACACCGCCUUCGAGUCGUGCGCGCAGAACGUAUAUGCAGUAUGAGAGGACGAUUUGACGCCUUGCAGAAACUUGAGGGUGACAAGCAAGUUCUUUAUAAGCGAUUCUUGAAUUUGGCACAUUGCUGGAAGGUUUGGCUGUGGCCAAUCAAUGAUGGAAGGGCCAGCGUUGACAAGCACACGCCAGUACCACCAGUAGAUGGAAAGUACGAAUUCGGUAGGACUGCAUCGAACCUUACUAGACUGAACUCAAAGCUUGAAGAAACCAGUGCUCCAAUAUGGCAUACUGUGAACGAAAUUUGGGAGUCCUUCGUAUCUGCAGACUUUGAAAACCUUCACGGGAAAUCAUCCCUUUUCAUCAUACAGGUUGAAGAACGUGUAUUGCUCAACGUUCGACUUACAUCAAGCAAGCGUCUACGACCGUUUCUGCAGCUUGCGCAAGGCAAACCCCUGUCCCUGGACAGGCGCUCGCCGCAUAUCCUGAAACACGAUAGGACCACCGAAGAAAACCAUCCUUCGCAUUCUCAAGAUCAGGAUCGUUGCUGGAAGUCGCUGUUGCUGACUUCUGGAAAAUCCAUAGAAAACAGUGAAUGGGAACUGGUUGAACAGCAUUUCAAGAACUCUCGAAGCAAUAAGGUUCUAAACAUCAUCCAAGAUAAAACUGCAUGA